UGCAUCCCACGCGUGCACACAAAUAUCUCCCGCGCUAGCCCAUCUCUCUCUCCCUCAUCUCUUCUCAUCCCCCUCCUCCCCUCCGUUCGCCCCUCUCGGCCGCAAGCACCGGCACCAGCGUGGGAUGGAAGUGGCCGCCAUCGAGAGAAACUCCGGCCUCCCAUCCUCACCCUCCCCUGUCUCCUCUCAUCCACCUGGACAAGCCAAGAAGCGGAGGAGAGGGCCGGAGGCUGAGGAGGGACGAGCGGCGCACGCGAGAGGCAGCCCUACCUAUCUAUCUAAAUGGACUCGGAGCUCGGCCACACCGAUUGGGCGGGGAUGGACGAGCUGGACGUGGACGGCGACAAGAGCGCGGCCAUGCCCGACUUCGCCUGCCCCUACUGCUAUGAGGACCAUGGUCCCCUGUUUUCAGUGGCUAUGACUACAACUGCAGUUUUAACUCAUGCGAUUGAAGAUGGUGUUGAUCGGCAACAUCCACAUUUCUUUUGGCCCUGUUUUCCUAACAAAGAGAUGGUGCUGGUCAGCAACGUCCAGAUUUCUUCGUGCUUCCGGUUACCUCUGAAAAAUAAGAUUAUUACUAUGAAUUCAUCAGUUAAGCUUCUUCUCUAUUUGAAUUGAAUCUGAGAAGACCCUGGAGCAACGACCUCUAUGUCUUCAUUCAGUUAUUAGGCUUGGGCAGGCCAAACCUGCAAAGUUCGGUGAAGAUUUCAAAGUACAGUUAUAAGGCUCGGGAAGGCCAAAUCUGCAAAACUCGAUGAAGAUUUCAAACUACAGGUACAUUAUUUUGUGUUUCCUACAAUCCUGUAACUUAUUUUUUUGUAUUAUAAAUGUUUGUAUGGCUAGAUUUCUCUAGGAUGACCCAAACAAUAGACUGCAGCUGGUAGGCUGUGUAUGAGACUAUAGACAUGCACAUGACGUGGAUCUGCUUACAAUAAUUUUGCAAUACUGAGAUUUGUUUAGAUGCUCACUUUUCUUAAUAAUGUUGCUUAAUAAUUGUUUUUGUGCCAUAUACGCAUUAAAUUGUGUCAUGCCAAUUAGCACACCCUGGGAGUCCUCUCCUCCAAUGCCUCUGCCUCGCCCAACUAUCUAGAGGUAAUUAGUUUGAUCUGCUUUGGGUGAAGAUGCCCUCUAACAUGUGGCUUGUUGGUUGGACACGUUUAUGUUCAUGCAUGAUGCUCUUGCGGUGUUUAUUGAUUAUCAAUAGAUCUGAGAAAUUCUUUUUUUGCUUAAAAGUUUAAUUAUGCGUCUUUUCCUGCAGUUAAGUUCCUGAAAAAAUGGUGAGUUCAACUUAGAGUUGUAGCAGUCCAUGUUUGCUGACAAUAGGAGCGCCCAUGUAUUAUAAGCUAAUAUAUGAUUCAGGUUGUGAUCAUUGAUUCAUAUGGUUAGUUGGUUUCUGAGAAAAAGAUACACACGCUUUCUUGAUGGUCAAGGAGUUUCAGAUAGAUCUGAGAAAUUCUUUUUUUGCUUAAAAGUUUAAUUAUGCGUUUUUUCUGCAUUUAAGUUCCUGAAAAAAAAUGGUGAGUUCAACUUAGUUGUAGAAUUCCAUGUUUUCUGGCAAUAGGAGUGCCCAUGUAUUAUGACUCAGGUUUGUAAACAGUCAUCCAUACCAUAGGUACGUAUGUUAAUGCAGAAGCAGCACUAUUGAAUUAAACGUAGUAACUGUGUCAAUCUGAACAUUUUACCAAGUUCAUGCAUUAACCUUAGGGUCCAUCAAUGAAACAAAGCCAAUCAUAUGAAUUGAAGCAGCUACUGAAAUAAAAUGGAAAGAACAAAGAGAAAAUUGAUGGUUAUCUAUAUGAAAAUUCAGAGAAUGGGAUAGUAGAGGUGGUUCCUCCCAACAGGAAAAAGAGUGGAGUAUAAUACUGUUAUCCUGCCUUUUCUACUACAAUCCCAGUUAGCAUAAUAAUGUGACAUGUAAAAUCAUAUUAUCGAUUCAAUUAUGAUUCAAGCGACAUGAACAAUUAUCUGUGAAAUUCACUUCUAAACCCUGGUUUUAUUUAGUUUUGACUUCAGGAUAUGCAUUCAUUGUAUUAUAAUUGCCAGACUUCCAAAAUUCUACUACUUCCAGUUUUUAACAACAUUGUUUUUGUCAUGGGAAAACAAUAGAUGGACAAAUGUCUCAAAUCAUACACUAUAAAGCUUCCAACACUUGCAUAUAGUGUCUCUCUUGUGUAAUCAGUCUGUCGUGAUGGACAAAGUUAAGAUCCCAACAAAAAGUGCUUCUUGAUGCUAUGAUGCAGCAACUUAACCUUCCAAAUUGCAGUUUACUAAACAGGAAGUGCUUCUUGAUGCUAUGAUACAGCUUUUUGAUGCUAUGAAGCAGAAACUUGAUGCUAUGGGCAAGUGAUUCAUGCUGCUCUUGGUUCUUCUGUAUACUUGUAAUAAGGAACAAUAUUCCAAAGUAUGAUAGUGUUUGGUUAAAGCAUAUACCUCAGUCCAUUACUUCA